UGUUUCUGCCUACAGCCUGUAAAGUAAAAGAUCCGCUUGAGCUCGCAGUUUUCUUUUGACUUCUAGAAAAGUCGAACCUCUGCGCGCAAUUCUGGUGUGUAUAAUUUUGAAUCGUAUACAAAAGUGCAUAAUUGUUGUGGAAUCCUGCUUUUAGUAUAUUUUUCAAACUAGUCAUUGUGGAAGAAAACGGUUCAUCAUCCAAGCAAUUCGCGUAGAUCCAUUAAAUAAUCAGUGAGUGUAUCGAGAAAUUGGCUCCCCUCUGAAGCGCACUAGAAAAGGAACAUCAAGAUGUCCGAAAGCGACUGGGACACAGUAACCGUGUUGCGUAAAAAAGCCCCCAAGGCAUCAUCUCUCAAGACUGAAUCGGCUGUGAAUCAGGCUCGCCGGCAGGGUCUUGCUGUGGAAACCAGCCAAAAGUAUAAUGCGGGCACAAAUAAGCAGCAUACAGCACCGAAGAACACCGCUAAGUUGGAUAGGGAGCACGAAGAACUGAAGCAUAAGCAAGUGUCGCACAGUGUCUCCAAGCUGAUCAUGCAAGGCCGUCAAGCCAAAGGACUCAGCCAGAAGGAUCUUGCCACGAAAAUCUGCGAAAAGCCCCAGAUCGUGAACGACUACGAAGCAGGCCGCGGCAUUCCGAACAACUUGAUCCUAGGCAAGAUCGAACGGGUGAUUGGAAUAAAACUUAGAGGCAAGGACAUCGGCACCCCGAUGGCGCCUCCCGGUAAGAAGUGAACAACGUCGGGAGGCAAAAGUAAUUAAACACACGAACACAUUUGCAUAAAGACAAAUUUAAAGAAAACAAAAAAACUGAAGCAUACCCAAGUAACGCGCGUGAAACAAGAGUGAAUUAUGCUAACUAACUCAAGCCGACAAUUGCUGCUAAAACAUCAUUUUCCGGUUGACUCUUGUAACAACACUCAAACGGAGGAGGAAAGCGCUUUUUCAAUUGCUUCUAGAGCAAGGAAACACCAUUCUCAACGCAGGCGUAGAAAUACUUUCAACAACGGCUCUCGUAUCCUUUUUCUCCAAAAUUAGGCACUAGUACAACACCAACAAAAAAGUAAAAAUUCUACAUUCGUGUCACAAGUGAAUGUUCAAAAAAGGAUAAUUAGUGUUAGCGCAUUUUCCUCGUUCAAUUUAGAACGGGAUGCUUUUGAAUAAUUCGUUACUAUCUGUUACUAUCACUGAUUGAUUGAACAUAUUUUGAUGAAUAUAUUCUUUACUAUGUAGUGCUGAAUAAACAAGAAAAAUUGCA